AUGAAGUCGGGACGCGCAUUCGUCGUUGAUAUUGCAAAAAUGGCAAAUCUGCUCGCCGGAAAAUUUGGAAUCGUCACUGGUGGUGGCAGUGGCAUCGGACGUGCCAUUUGCAUUGGACUAGCGGAACAAGGCGCUCAUCUGCUUGUCGUUGAUAAAUUCCCAAAAGCUGCCGAAGAUGUCGCCAAAGCUCUGCCGGCCGUCGGUAAUUUAUUAUCGCAACCUGUUGUGUCCUAUUUUAGGAUGUGA